UUUUUUUGAAUGAAUGAAUUAUAAUGCCUCCGACAAUUUCAAAAUCAAUUUUCUCCCAAAAACGGCAAAGCUUUCAGAUUAUAUAGUUUGCAGAGUCGGUCUUAUAUCAAUCGCUCAGCUUGAUUUUAUCAAUUCAUGAUUUAAAAACAGUCAUAAAAAUGUUUCACUCUAACAAUGUAAAUUAAUACUGUAGGAAUUUCGCCGAAACUCUGAAGUCUCAAUCCGAUUUCUGACCAACAAUCAAAUUUUCUAUUAUUCCUCUAAUUUUGUUUAUAAAUUUCCA